GAAAUACAUAGGCAAGCCAAGGAAACAUGUAGGAAGGACUGUAUUAGAGGAAUUUUAACAUGUCAAGUGAAGAUCGAAGAGAAAGUCUGAGAGGCUCAGCGACUAGAGCCAAGUCUUUAUCAGCAAAUAAACUAAAAGGGAAAAAACGUGAUGGAACACCUGAGAAAUCAACAACUCCUAAUUUAUCCCAAGAUGCACUACCCGAGGAAGAUCGGGCUGCUUCUAGAAAUGUUAUAAUUAACGAUGAGAUCCUUGCCCUGGCCAUCAAAGAGGAAGAUUUGACAAAGUUGAGAGAGCCAAAGCCCCCUACAGGCAAAAAGACACCAGUAUCUAGCCGUAUAGUUGUCAAGAAACUAAAGCCACAGUCAGAAUGGGAUAAACCAACACCUAGAAUGGUAACUGUGUUGAAACCUGCUCCUCCUGAUGCCCCUCUCAAGCCUG